GCUGGGCGGACGUGACGCCGGGCUCGAGCCGUGGGCUGCGCGGGGACGCCGUCACACCUGCCUCUUGCUCAGGAAUGGGUCUGCUGGUCGCAGCCAGCAGCAUGAUUCUGCUAGUGGUCCUGAUGCUGUCUGCGGAGGCCGCGAGCAGAGCCGUGACUAGCACCGAGGAUCCAGAGACGCCCACGGUGCCUGCACCAACGAAUGUUCUGAUUACAUCUUAUAACUUGAACCCUGUCCUGUGCUGGGAAUACCAGGAUAUGCCACAGACUCCCACUUUUACUGUGCAGAUAAAGAACUAUGGGGUCCUAUAUACAAGUCAUCCCAUCAAUAUGGAGGAUUGCGAUGAAGAUGGGUGCCAGUUCAACAUCUCAGUGUCCGCACUGGAUUCCAGAUACUGUGUCUCGGUAGAUGGACUCUCAGAAUUCUGGGACGUUACAACAGAAAAAUCAGAGGACGUCUGUGUUUCCCUUGUCCAUAACAGCAGAAACAGCAGAAAGGAUUCGACUUGGAUUAUGGUUGCUGCUCUUGUAAUCUCUUCCUUAUUUGUUUUCCUGAUAUUUGUAUACUGGUACAUGAAGAAGAAUCCAUGUAAAAGAAAAAGCAUAGCGCUACCUAAGUCCUUGCUCUCUGUUGUAAAAAAUGCCACCUCAGAGACAAAACCUGAAUCCAAGUAUACAUCACUUGUCACAUCGUGCCAGCCAGCUGUGCUGGAGAAUGAGACAGUGGUCUGUGAAGAGCACCUGUCCACGGUGGCCCUGCCAGGCGACCCAGGAACAACAGAACACGAAAAACUUUCCAGCGAAGCAGAGCCUAUGAUCCCCGAGGGAAGCACUGCAGUGGCCCCCGACAGCCCUCCAAUGCUAAUACAGAGAGGCAGUUCUUCCAUUUUGAGUAGUAACCAGUCGGAGUCCUGUAGCCUCACUCUCUACCACUCCAGAAGCGGCUCCGACAGCGGCCUCGUGGGAUCGGGCAGCUCCAUAGCCGACUCCGAAUUCCUCCCGCACAAUAACCCAGAAACAAAGACACCAGAACAAGAGCCCGCACCGGUGAGGAAGGCUCCCACCUCCUUUGGUUAUGAUAAACCGCACGUGCUAGUGGAUGUGCUUGUGGAUGGCGGCGAUGGGAAGGAGUCUUUGAUUGGGUAUAGACUCCCAACAGAUGCCAAGGAGCCAUCCUAAGACCACAUGAGUUCAGCCGACGGCGAAGGAUCUGAUUUUCCUUGGUUUUUCUGCUUUGAUUUCAUGAAAAGGAGUUGUACCUUAGCUGAUACUAACGACAUGGAAUGUCUUGAUUUAGAUCCAUGUGUAAGGAGCCUGUGGGCACUGCUGAGUUUACUCUGCAGACUUUGAGACUUUUUUAAAGGAAUGUAUCGUUGCUUAUGAGAUCCUUUCUGGGUCCAUUACCAGCGGUGAAUUUUCCUCUAUUAACUUUGCUUCCUGCAGUUGCUGCUUCUCCGUCCUUAGCACCUCAAGGGACAUGUUGGGCAGUUUUUUUUCAUAUGCCUUCACAAUUGUAAGUUCGUGUAUAUAGUAUGUUUAUAAGGCUCAUUUUGAUGGGGAAGCUGACAGCUACUCAAAGUUGGACUUUAGAGUUUACUUCAAGCUGACAGAAUUUGAUAGAGCCUCUCAGUGGAAGUUUGUACAUAUUUUUUUAUGGAGCAUUACUUAUUAUUUUUAAGUAAAAUUCUUUGAAACCAAAA